AUGAAACUAAGUAUGGAUGGUAAAACAAAAUCAUUUGAUAGUAAUCCCGCUGGAUGUUCUAAAUCGGAGUCAAUCAAUGUCCUUUUCUUGCAAAAAGCUAAAGAUGCACUAAGUGAAAUAGUAAAAAAGAACAACCAACAUUUCAGAGUUUAUGCAGAAGUUGCUUAUAUCAAAUGUGAGUUUACUCAACUAGAAGAAGAUGAAAGUGGUCCAAAAUACGGUUUCUACAGAAAUCCUAGUAUUUCGGCUGAUUUUAUAAAAAAAUUCUAUCAAGAAGCUGACGUUUCACCAGAUGUCGUGGAAUAUGUUGAAGCAGUUGGCUCAGCUGUUGCUGCAGCUGAUAGAUCAGAAUUACAAUCGAUUGAUGAAGUUUUUUGCAAAAAUAGAAGUGAUCCCCUUAAAGUGGGAAGUAUCAUGUCUAACAUUGGUUAUACAGAAGCUGCUUCGGGGAUAUGUGCCAUUACUAAAGUUCUCCUGGCUUAUCAUACUGGAAAGAUUGCAGCGAAUUUACAUUGUAAUUCACCGCGGCAAGAUGUGGCGGGACUCCGUGAUGGUCGAAUGUGCAUUGUCACAGAUCACAUGGAUUUCAACUACUCAUACACAGCUGUAAACGGCCUGUCGGUCACAGGUGUCAACUCACACGUCUUACUAAAAGGACAUUAUAAGCAAAAGCCUAACGAACCAAAAUUGUAUGUGCCAAAAGGAUCUAGGUUUUCCCUCUUAAAGCUUUUCCAUGAUCAGAACUGUCAUGUAGGAUUCUAUAAGACAUUGAAAAAACUUAAUGAACACUUUUGGUUUCCUCGAAUGGCUGUCUUUGUCCGAAAAUAUUUAAAACAUUGUUUAAUAUGUCUCGAACGAAAAGGUCACUCUGGUCCAAAACAAGGUUUCUUACAUCCUAUUGACAAAACUCCUUUACCCUUCCACAUCGUUCAUUUAGAUUGUACAGGGCCAUUUCAACGAACAGAUGAAGGAUAUAAAUACAUUUUACUUAUGGUGGACGGGUUCACUAAAUUUUGUUUACUAAAACCCCUCAAAACCCUUAAUGCCCAAGAACUUAUUCCAAUAAUUCGGGAUACUAUAACUAUAUUCGGCACUCCAUCAAAAGUUAUAACUGAUAGAGGUACUAAAUUUAGUUCUAAUCAAAUUCGAUCUUUAUUUAGGGAGCUAGAAAUAGACCAUCAUAUGGUUGCCACCGGCACGCUAAGAGGUAAUGGCCAGGUAGAACGAUAUAUUACUACUGUGAUCGAUAUGUUAAACACCACGUAUAAUGGUUCGUCAGAUUGGCCGAGCGGAUUGUGGAAAGUCCAACAGUCUAUCAAUACCACAAUUCAAAAAUCUACGGGUUUUACUCCUAUCCGAUUGCUUAUUGGUUGUAAUGCAAAUAUCCCUUGUAUUCAAGCCCAUUUAAACGACGUUUCUGUUACCGAGUGUACCAUGGAUGUACGAGCAGAUCGUCAACUAGCUUACCAGCGAUUAUGUGAACAGGCAAAUAAAUUUAAAACUCGAUUUGAUAGUGUAAGGCGAGACAAUAAAACUUUUGAGGUUGGCAACAUAGUUUAUGUAAACCAAGAUCAUAGGCGACAUGACAAGUUGAGCCCAAGGUUUAAAGGUCCAUAUGAAAUAAUUGAAAUUCUUAACAAUGAUAGAUAUUAUUAUCUUAGAGGAAUAGGAAAUUUAAGGAACAUAAUUAUAGCAAAAGACAAAUUAAGAUUAUGGUCAGGUGAAUGGGUUGAUCCUAUU